AUGUAUAUAAAGAUGGCCACGUUAGCAAACGGACAGGCUGACAACGCGAGCCUCAGUACCAACGGGCUCGGCAGCAGCCCGGGCAGCGCCGGGCACAUGAACGGAUUAAGCCACAGCCCGGGGAACCCGUCGACCAUUCCCAUGAAGGACCACGAUGCCAUCAAGCUGUUCAUUGGGCAGAUCCCCCGCAACCUGGAUGAGAAGGACCUCAAGCCCCUCUUCGAGGAGUUCGGCAAGAUCUACGAGCUUACGGUUCUGAAGGACAGGUUCACAGGCAUGCACAAAGGCUGCGCUUUCCUCACCUACUGCGAGCGUGAGUCAGCGCUGAAGGCCCAGAGCGCGCUGCACGAGCAGAAGACCCUGCCCGGGAUGAACCGGCCGAUCCAGGUGAAGCCAGCGGACAGCGAGAGCCGAGGAGGUAGUAGCUGCCUGCGCCAGCCCCCUUCACAAGAUAGAAAACUCUUCGUGGGCAUGCUCAACAAGCAGCAGUCCGAGGACGACGUGCGCCGCCUCUUCGAAGCCUUCGGGAACAUCGAGGAGUGUACCAUCCUGCGCGGGCCGGAUGGCAACAGCAAGGGGUGCGCCUUUGUGAAGUACUCCUCCCAUGCCGAGGCACAAGCCGCAAUCAACGCUCUGCACGGCAGCCAGACUAUGCCGGGAGCCUCAUCCAGUCUGGUGGUCAAGUUUGCCGACACUGACAAGGAGCGCACGAUGCGGCGAAUGCAGCAGAUGGCCGGCCAGAUGGGCAUGUUCAACCCCAUGGCCAUCCCGUUUGGGGCCUACGGCGCUUACGCACAGGCACUGAUGCAGCAGCAAGCGGCACUAAUGGCGUCAGUCGCACAGGGUGGCUACCUGAACCCCAUGGCUGCCUUCGCCGCCGCCCAGAUGCAGCAGAUGGCGGCCCUCAACAUGAAUGGCCUGGCGGCCGCACCCAUGACCCCAACCUCAGGUGGCAGCACCCCUCCGGGCAUCACUGCACCAGCUGUGCCUAGCAUCCCAUCCCCCAUUGGGGUGAACGGCUUCACCGGCCUCCCCCCACAGGCCAAUGGGCAACCUGCCGCAGAAGCUGUGUUUGCUAAUGGCAUCCACCCCUACCCAGCACAGAGCCCCACCGCCGCGGACCCCCUGCAGCAGGCCUACGCUGGAGUGCAGCAGUAUGCAGGUCCAGCCGCCUACCCUGCUGCCUAUGGUCAGAUAAGCCAGGCCUUUCCUCAGCCACCUCCAAUGAUCCCCCAGCAACAGAGAGAAGGGCCCGAGGGCUGUAACCUGUUCAUCUACCAUCUGCCCCAGGAGUUUGGGGACGCUGAGCUGAUGCAGAUGUUCCUCCCUUUCGGCCGGCACUCUGUGCCCUCCCGCUGCCAGGCCCCCUCCUGUCAGGGAGGACAGUGUCCAAUAAACUCCUCCACCCGCAGGCUUCGUGAGCUUCGACAACCCGGCCAGCGCGCAGACCGCCAUCCAGGCCAUGAACGGCUUCCAGAUCGGCAUGAAGAGGCUCAAGGUGCAGCUGAAGCGGCCCAAAGACGCCAAUCGCCCAUACUGAGCGCCGGCGGGAGCGUCCCCCGGGGGAGACCAGGACUCGCACAGGGCAGGAUGCUGAACGGGCUACAUUAAAAAACAAACCUCUCUCUAUAUAUAUUUAUAAAUGAGAACUGUUGGAUGACACCUUUGACAUAUCAGCCAAUAUCAAUCAAGCUGAAGACUCCAGACACUCUCUGUGACUGUAACAUUUCUUCAAGGAAAGUAUAGCGUCUGUGGAGUUCAGAGGGCACGUGUUUGGGGGAAAAAUAUAUAUGACACAAAGAAGAAGAUGAUGAAGAAAAAUGAGAAAAAAAAAAACACAAAAAAGGCAACUUUAAAACAAAAUAACUUGAGACCAGAUGGGGAGGCUGAAAGGCUGGGAAGAGGGAAGAGACGCUGCUUACCGAUCCCCGGGGCUUUUCCAGCCCAUGGGCGCCUGAGGCAGGCUGGGGCGAGCGGUGUGGUGGGGCCUGGUCCCCAGGGGGCGGCGGGGAGGCCGCCGCUGAGCAUCUCUAUCUGUCAUUCCUUUAGCUAUUUAGGGACCAAAGGACCAAACUUUUUAUUGCAGCUGUGUAGCUCUAUGCCCAA